AUGAAGCUUACAUUGUUUUUCGAGAUAUGUCUUUUAAGCCUUGCCGCAUAUGGCUUGCAAUUCCCAUCCGAAGGUCAUGAAUGGCAUCCACCAGUUCCAGGAGACAGCCGCUCCCCCUGCCCCGGUCUCAAUGUCAUGGCAAAUCACGGCUUCCUCCCCCGUUCGGGCAAAAAUAUCGAUCUGGCCGCUGUCCGCUCCGGUGUGAGCCAAGCCUACAACUACGCUCCAACCUCAUUCGACACUGCCUUUGAGCAAGCUGUGGCCUUUAAUCUUACAACAACAGGAAACAUCUCUACUUUCAACCUCGAAGAUCUCAAGAAGCACGAUGACGUCGAGUUUGACGGUUCAUUGUCGCGGAAUGAUGCCUUCUUCGGAGAUGACAAUACCUUCAAUCAUGCAAUCUGGUGGACUACGGCCCAUAGACUCGGUCUUUACGAUUAUGGUAUCUCUGAGAAGGAUAAAUAUGUUACAGUUGAGACGGCUGCCAGGGCCCGUGCUGCACGCGUUCGGGAUGCCAUGAGGAUCAAUCCAGUUUUCAAUGCUUCCGCCAACGAGAUGACCGGUAGUCCCGGCACAACGGCUCUGUACUUGACUACCUUGUGGGAUGAUGAGGCCGGUGGCGCUCCAAAAGAAUGGGUUAGGGCUUUCUUUGAGAACGAACGCAUUCCGUAUCUUGAGGGAUACCAACCUCCUAUAGUGCCCAAGACUAGUGAUGAUAUCAACGCAAUGUUUGCGAGAGUUACUGCAGUUAACGUGUCCGAUAUAAUCGCUUAG